GCGCACAGGCGCUCAUGCUAUACACUGAUAAGAGGACUCCAGAGGCCGCUCUGGCAUCGUGUGCAUCGUUAUACCUCUCAGGCCCAUGCACAGCGCGAUAUUGACCUCCGCCGCUCUAGUCAUAGCCGCUCUUGUGGUUGCUACGAUCCGACUUCGACGUAAUCUGCAAAAAUCUUCAAGUUGUUUGCCGCCCGGGCCACCACCCCUCCAACUUAUAGGCAACGCGCAUCAAAUUGACCCAGCUCAUCCAUGGGUCACCUUUGCUGAUUGGAGGGGUGUAUACGGUGACAUCGUGUAUACUCGAGUUCUUGGCCGAGACAUAAUUGUUAUCAACACUGAGAAGAAAGCCGAAGACUUGCUCGACAAACGCUCUCGCAACUAUUCGGACAGAAUGAACAUGUCCAAAAUACUAGAGACUUACGGGCAUGCCUUCGAUACCGCCCUUUUAAACCACGACAGCGUCUGGAGAGGUCACCGACGCGUUUUGCAGCAAUCUUUACGACCUGAGGCUGUAGCGUCAUAUCACCCGAUACAGCUUCGUUGCACUUCUAGGCUCUUGGAUGGUCUGGUAGAUGCGCCUGGACUCUGGUGGAAGCAUCUUCAAGUGUGGGUUCGAUCUAGUAAUACUCAGAGUUUUGACGCGAUCGGUACUGAUUCGUGUGUUUAG